GGCUCAUCUUUCUUUUUUUCACGAUUGAAUUAAUAAUUUCCUUUGCGUUAAGUGUACACCCCUCAAGGUUACAUUGGUUUAUUCCACGCGUGUGAAUCGUCGAAGCGGCGAUUUUGCUGAAGUUUGGUGGGAUUUUGGAGACAUUACUGGGGGUUUCGAAUCAAGAUAACACUUUCAAAAGACAUAGGCUAAGAUGUCUGACGACGAGGAUGUUCAGCUGCCAUCCAAGAAGGCAAAAAUUGUGCACUUUGGCAGUCUGGAGGAAGUAGAGAGACAACGACUGGCUAAGCAGGAGGGUCAAGGGUCACUGGGGUCUGAUGCAGUGCAGGCUGGGAUACUUUCAGGAAACAUCAACAUAUCAGAAGGAGAGACCUUUGACCUGGAAGAGCAUCAGAGUGAGAGACAGAAGGAAGUCUUGGAGGAAUUUGAAAGAAGAAAAAGGGCCAGACAAAUCCAUGUGUCCACCGACGACUCAGAAGUGAAAGCACAACUGAGACAGCUUGGAGAGCCAAUAUGUUUGUUUGGAGAGGGUCCGGCAGACAGGAGAGAACGUCUACGUCAGAUCCUCGCCAAAAUCGGAGAAGACAAACUCAAGAAGGACUCGGCCGAGGAGAAAAAGGAAGAAAAGAAAGAAUACAACGACACUACCUGGUACCAUGAGGGACCACAGAGUCUGAAAGAAGCCAGGAUGUUCAUAGCUGGCUACUCCAUACCAAGAGCUAAGAAGAGGCUGGAGAAAGCUCGUGAAGCUAAGGAAAUCCCAGCUGCCCAGAAAAACGCCCGGAUGCAAGAACUGCACAGGCAACUCAGAGCCCUGACCAACUAUGGCAGUCAGAUAGGAGACAGUCGACCUAUCUCCUUCUGUCAGUUCAGCCCAAACUCCAAACUUCUAGCAACAUCAUCAUGGUCAGGCCUGUGCAAGUUGUGGUCAGUGCCGGACUGUAAGCUGGUCAGAACAUUACGAGGACACAACCAGAAUGUUGGGUGUGUAGUGUUCCACCCCCAGGCCACCCUAACCCUGGAGGAUUCCGCCUGCUGUAUGGCUUCCUGUAGUGCUGACGGUGUUGUAAAACUUUGGUCUCUGGAAAGCGAUGAACCAGUUGCGAACAUCGAGGGCCACGAGGCCAGGGUCGCCAGAGUAGCGUACCAUCCAUCCGGCAGGUUCCUGGGGACAACAUGUUAUGACAAGUCCUGGAGACUGUGGGACCUGGAGGCCCAGGAGGAGGUCCUACAUCAGGAGGGCCACAGUAAGGAGGUGUACGACAUCUCAUUCCAGUGUGACGGCUCACUGUGCGCUACAUGUGGCCUGGAUGCGUUUGGCCGUGUGUGGGACCUGCGGACAGGCAGGUGUGUCAUGUUCCUGGAGGGUCACCUGAAGGAGCUGUUCGCUAUCACAUUCUCACCUGAUGGGUACCAUGUGGCCACAGGAAGUGCAGAUAACACAGCUAAAGUUUGGGAUGUGAGACAGAGGAAGUGUGUGUACACCAUACCUGGGCACACCAACCUGGUCUCAGGACUCAAGUAUCAAGGCUCAGAAGGACAGUAUCUGGUCACAGCUUCUUUUGACUGCACAGCAAAGGUCUGGGCCCAUCCUGGUUGGUCGCCUCUGAAGACCCUUGCAGGACAUGAAGGGAAGCUGAUGGCUGUCGACGUCUCUCCCGACAGCAAGUUCAUCGCUACUUCGUCGUACGACCGCACGUAUAAACUCUGGGCCGCUGAAUAACCUUGGCUUUGACUUUCAAAGGGAGGGUAACUGGAAAGGAAAAACUAGCAAGCCUUAUCUCAUUUCUAACUAUUUUUAGCUGUUACUGUAUCUCAGAAAGAUAAGUCUUGUCCCAUCACCACAUCCUUUUAUAGCUGUAACACAUUCAGAUUCGAUAAUCUGAAUAUUUCUGUUAUAAAGGAUAAACUCAUAUACUCAUAUUUUUACAUAUAUAUGAUGAGAAAAUUAAUCAUGGUCAAUCUGGCAAGAGGUUAUAAAUAAACUUUGAAUUUUGUGCACCCAGA